AUGGGUCUCGCACAACAGAAGAACCGCUCGAAGAUCUCCAACGAUCCCCAGAACAACCACUGGGCGCACAACACCGAGCGGUUCGGCCACAAGAUCCUAGCCGCACAAGGAUGGAAGACUGGCGACACACUCGGUGCUAAGGACGCUGCCCACGAAGCGCACUACACACAAGCCUCGCAAUCGCACAUUCGCGUCUUCCUGAAAGAUGACAAUCUUGGUCUGGGCGCAAAGCGUGGAAGUGAGCGUGCGGAGAACUUUGGUCUUGCCGGUCUCGAGAGUAUUCUCGGACGUCUGAACGGCAGGGAGGAAGAAGUCAAGAAGGAGGAGGCCAGGCGCGAGGAAAUCGAGAAGAGGGCGUAUGUGUACAGGAAGUUUGGCUCGAUGAACUUCAUCAGUGGUGGCUUCCUGGUUGGUGACAAGCUGGUGCCUAGGGCAGAAGUCAAGUUGGAGUCCACAGAGCUCAAGAUCAAAGAGGAGUCCGACAGCGACAACGAGUCGAGCAAGAAGCGCAAGCGGGACGUAGCCGAUGCGUCUGAGGAGGGCUCAAGCGAGCAGAAGCUGAAGCGCAAGAAGAAGAGUAUGAGCUUGCGCGAAGAGGCCGACAAGCAAGACAAGAAGGCCAAGAAAGACAAGAAAGACAAGAAGGAGAAGAAGGAGAAGAAAGAGAAGAAGGACAAGUCGAGCAAAAAGAUUAAGAAGGAGAACGCUUCAUCCGACCCAGAACCGAUGUCUGACGAUGCGCCCACGCCUGCCUCGGAUCCCGAGCCCCUCACAGACAAGGCGAGGCGAAAGGCAGAGAAGAAAGCCCGUAAGGAGGAGAAGAGGCUCAAGAAGGCUCUCAAGAAGGCUGCGAAGGAGGCCAGGAAGUCAAAGGACAGCGCGGACGACUCGAGCUCGGACAGCGACGAAGACGAUGCAACACCAAGCUCCUCGGUACCGGUGACCGGCACAUCGACACCCAGCUUCGUUCCACGAGGUGUACAGACAGCCAGGCACAGGCACAUCAUGAUGAAGAAGCGCGCAAGCAUGGAUCCACAGGCAUUGAAGGAGAUAUUCAUGAUCAAGACGCCAGUGGCAUGA